GUUUGCCCUCCUCCCUCCAGACCAGACUGACAAGCCGCUACCGGCAAUGAUACAGCAAACACGGGGCUCACCGAGAUGGACUUAGACAGCACGUUUCAUCACUACAAAGACGGAUAUUAUUCCCACAGAGCAGCACACUGACUGAACACUGUAUUUCCAGCUAUCGGCGGGGAUUGGAUGCGACGGCCGACUUCCUGCGACAUACACGGGUCAGCUAAGAGGCGUUCACGGCCGCCCUGGAAAAUACACCUGCGCUGUUAACCAGCUAAAAUAUUUAUAUUUAAAAUAAUUACCCGCGCUGCAACCGUGCAUCUUAAACGUUUGUGAUUAUACUUUAAUAAAAAGCUACUAAAGUUGCAGGUAGGUGUCUGUAAUAGUCGCUGGUGGUGACCCAACACGGCUCCAGCUACCUAGAUAGCUGCAUUUCGCAGUAUUUAUUUAUUUCCCCAGCGUCCAAACACUGGUUUGGUCAUUAUUUUUUUAAUUUUUGAUUAAUAAUUACGUUGAGAAUAGGAGCGUGGACUGUGAUCAAGCAUUUGAGCUUGUUCCCCAGCUGUGCAGGCGUUGAGCUUGAUUUGUAAAGCACGUAAAUCCUAUGACUUGUCACCUAUGGCUGGUUAGUAUCGCGGUACUGCAGGUGACCCAGCGAGCCGCUGCCAGCUACUAGCUAGAUUAUCGUCUGCAGCUCCAUCGUCGCCAAGAAACCGUCUUUGCUGCAGAGAUGCACCACCAGGACUUCUCUGGAGAGCAGCCCGGCGGAGGGAGCCGCAAGGCGGCGUUCCACUACCGGAGAGGCAGCGGCGGAGCCGGAGGAGCCGGCGCAGCAGCCGCGGACGAGGCUGCAUCCCCCGCCCAGGCGGGGUCCUCCUCCCCGGCUCUCCAUCACCAGCCACAGGUGGCAGGCACUCAGGUGAAGAAGAAGAGCGGCUUCCAGAUCACCAGCGUCACCUCUGCUCAGAUCAGCGGCAAUAACAGUUUGGCUGAUGACACUGAGAGCUAUGAUGACAUGGAUGAGUCUCACACUGAAGACCUGUCCUCCUCUGAUAUUCUGGAUGUUUCCGUGUCCAAGGCCACGGAUACAGGCGUGCCGGAGAGAAGCUCCUCUGAUGAGACUUUAAACAGUCUCCAUGGUGUUGAUACACCUGGACUAGUGUCGCCCAAUGAGCCGCUGCAGCCUCAUGCUAUGGCUCAGGGGUCGCAGCAGCAUUCCUCUUUGGUGAAUGGGACUGUGCAACAUCAAUAUUACCCUCAGCAGCAGAGCCAGGCCCUCCAGCAUCAUUCUGACAGCUUGGGAGGAGGUGAACCAUCACCACCAGCUGCUCUGGGAGCACCCGUAUCAAGCUCCAGCCCAGCCGGGCUCGGCCAAUCCCAGCUACCACCGGUGUUGGAUAACCCAAAAGCUGCAGGGGUGGCUGCUCAUCAAGGAACCCCUAUUGUUGCUGAUGCACGUGCGCAAGGCAGUGUGAACGUUCCUGGGAUGUCUAGUGUUUCCGCUGUCCCUGCUGCAGCAGUUCCCCCCUCGGGGCCUGCAGGUUUUGACAGCACUAAUGCAACUGUGCAAGCGGCUUCUGCUGGAGGAGGAACGGGCGUGCCUGUUGCGGCCCCCAGCAGUCAAUUGCAGCACACCCAUUCUAUAACAGCCCCCGGCUCUCGUUUUAGGGUGGUCAAACUGGACACUAACUCAGAGCCGUUCCGCAAAGGAAGAUGGACUUGUACAGAAUACUACGAAAAGGAGGUUCCACAGCCGCCUCCAUCUGAAGCACCAAAAGCUGUGGACUUGGCUGUAGAGACUGAAGCGGGUAACACUGGAAUUGGUCCAUGUAUACCUGCCGUGCAGCCACCUCACACGCUGCAGCCCUAUCAGACACCAAGCCAGGACUUCACCAGUCCACAAGCCAUGCAGAGCCCACCACAGCCGCUGACACAAGCUGCUACUCUGAGCUACGCGUCUCCCCAGGAGGUUGUCGGAGCAACACACAUGCAGAAACAAGGGCCUCCUGCUACUGUUCACACAGCAACGCAACAGAUGACGUCACAUACUGAUGUAAGUCAGGCUCCUGUGAUACCCCAGCAGAUUCCUUACGCUAUGGAUCAACAGCAGGGCCAAACCCAAGGAGGUUAUGCUGCACCUCAGCUCCACGCCGGUGGGGUUAUGGUCCCAGGAGGUGUCCGACAGCCCGACUUCAUCCAGCCUACUGCUCCCUUCCAGACCCAAGUCCAGCCUCCACUUCCGCUUGUAACAACCGGGAUUUCUGUAACGCCUGCGCCGGUUCCAGCGCAGCAGCCGGGGGGCAUUACUCAGCAGCAGCUGCCACAUCAGGGUCAGGUAGCUCCACCUGCUCCAGCAGCGUUUGCUGCAGUGCAGCCGCAGACCCUCCCAGUUCAACCUCAGCCUAAUCCACAGGCGCAAAUCCAUCCCAGCUCUACUGGCACACUUUCUUUUGGACCCCCCCAUGGGAGCCCCUACAUGCCUCUGACUGCACUGCAAGCUGACCUUCAGCCUCUCCUCACCUCGGGCACACACCUCAGCCACGUCCCUGCAGGAGGGAGCUUUGCAAGAACUUCACAGCUGGAGAGCGCCCAGCGGCUUCUGUUUCAGCACCAGGGCCUGCUGGGCCUGCCCAGGAUGGGCAUGGCAGCAAGUGGAGAGGGGUCAGCGGAGGGCAGCAGCGCGGUGGGAACCCUGGCCCACAUGGGGAUGUCAGCUGAGGCCAGUGCCAUCAUGGCUGCUGCUGCUGCAGGCCUCAGGAGUCAGCAUGCUGAAGGAGAAGAAGACAGCUCCUCGGGUGCAAGUGUGGUGGCCAUCGACAACAAGAUUGAACAAGCAAUGGACCUGGUGAAGAGCCACCUGAUGUACGCCGUGCGUGAGGAGGUGGAGGUGCUGAAGGAGCAGAUCAAGGAGCUGAUCGAGCGCAACACUCAGCUGGAGCAGGAGAACAACCUGCUCAAGAACCUGGCCAGCCCCGAGCAAAUGGCUCAGUUCCAAGCACAGGUCCAAACCGGCGGCUCCCCGACCGGCACCGCCCAGCCCCCGGCCCUGACUGGAAACACGCAAGCCCUUCCCUCCACACAGAACUCCGGCACGUCAGCGUAACACAGAAACUGUACACUGGAGAGCCCGGUGAGGAUGAGGGACAGAGGAGAUGGAAGACAGAAGAUGAGGAGGAGGAGGAGGAGGAGGAAGAGGAGGAGGUUGGAGUCUCGCCAUUCUGUGAACGGACUCUGACAUCAUCAAGACCGACUGUUCAACCUUUCGGACAAGCGCACACUUCAACUUCACCCGGAAAACAACUUUGUUUUGUUGCACAUUUAAUUUAACUGAAAGACUUGGAGUUGCACCGGUGUGUUUGUGCGUAUGUGUGUGUGUAAGUGUGUGUAUGUCCCUGCUUCGUCUGCAAAUUUUACUACCUGCUUCAGACAAUCGCCUUUGUCGUGCUGGUUGUCGUCUUGGUGAUAUUGCCGGGAAGGACCGAGCUGGCGGGAAGCGAAAUCCGACCCCUUGCUUCGCUCACGAUGGGCGUGCCAAUCAGGAGCACGUCAUGUUCAGUGCCGUUGAAUCCCUCGCUGUGUGAACUGUGGAAAACGCUGUUUCACCUCCUCUGCAGCUCAAACUUCUCCGCCUGCACACCAUUUUUACUCUGCAUCAUCCCGUUUUUGUUUUUGUCCUCUUGCACUUUUUCCAGAUGACGCAGAAAGACUUUAUAACGGACAAAAAAACGAUCUGCAGACUCGCCUUGAAUGGGAGGUUUGUGGCUCUGCACCUUCACAGCAUCGGCAGACAGCGAGAGUCUCGACAGUCUUAUAAAAUUAGGAAAUCUGUAUUAGCUGCGCGUCAUUGUUCACUCUGAGAACUUGGUGUUCUUCUCGAGGUCCACGUUCCCACCCUUAACACACACUCACCUUUCUUUCUCUGAUGGAGCAUUAACAUGUUCAUGCAGUGAGUCAGUAUUGUUUUUUUAAGGGGGACUAGAGAUGCUCUUUGUCCGUUUCUGUUUUUGCUCGUUGAUGUAGUUGAUAUCCAAAUGGUUUAACAACGAUAAGGUGAAUACAUAGAACAUGACUGUUUGUAGGUAGUGAACUUUGUACAGAUGACAAGUUUCCAAUUAACCUCUGCCAAGUGCCUGGUUUCUAACCAUAGAUGCAUAUAUGAAGCUUUUUUUAAGUUGUUUUAUCCAUGUGUAUAUAUAUCUAUGGUUUUGCCAGGUUUUGAGCUACCUGUGAUGUCAUAACUCAGGGUGGGAACAGAAGAGGAUCGUUUACCUCGACGCUUAGAUGCUGUCUCCUGCAGUGACACUCUGCUUCGUACUGUAUUGAACUCUCCUCUGCCGUCGCUUCAGAUUCACUUAUGAUCUGUACUCUUAGCAUUUGGGAUGUCUGUAAUUAUAUGUGUGUGAAACUGUCAUUUUUAUUUUCUUUUUUAAAUCUUUUUUUAUUUUAAUUUGUCUUUUGUACAGACAGUUGUGUGAAUUGCUUGUAGUGCGACUGGAGCGCUGGAUACAAUGAGAUGAGACUCUUGUCAUAAGGAAAGGAAAUGCCUAGCAGAAGUAUGUUCAUGUUUUGUGCACGUUCCUUCAGCCCAUCACAAAUGUGACGUAACAAUUGCACUAGACAGUUGCACCUCAAAUAAAAAACAAAAAAAAAA